UCCCGCCAUUUUGUAUUGUGGAGAAUUCUAACUGCUUUGCUGAACACAUCCAGCCACUCGGCCCGCUUUGCUCGCUGCUUCUAAGCUCUGAACGGUUCUGUUGGGUCCGCUGCGGCGCUGGUUCGGGAGAAGAAGAAGGAGACCCGCGAACACCGAGGCUUCCUCCUCAGGUCGAUGGUGAGAAAGUCCCCGAACACCGGAGGAGAGAAGUGAAAGAUGACCCAGUUCCUCCCACCGAACCUCUUGGCCCUGUUUGCGCCUCGAGACCCGAUCCCCUUCCUCCCCCAGCUGGAGAAACUCCCCCACGAGAAGCACCACAACCAGCCGUACUGUGGCAUCGCUCCGUUCAUCAGGCACUUCGAGGACCCGAGGGAUGCCCCCCCACCAACCAGAGCGGAGACCCGAGAGGAGCGUCUGGAGAGAAAGAGGAGGGAGAAGAUCGAGAGACGUCAGACGGUGCUGGAGACGGAGCUGAAGCUCUGGGACCCUCAUAAUGACUCCAACGCACAAGGAGAUGCCUUCAAGACCUUGUUUGUUGCUCGAAUUAACUAUGAUACGACAGAGUCCAAACUGCGGCGCGAGUUUGAGGUCUACGGCCCCAUCAAACGGAUCUAUAUCGUCUACAACAAGAGGACAGGAAAGCCCCGAGGCUACGCUUUCAUUGAGUACGAGCAUGAGCGGGACAUGCACUCCGCCUACAAGCACGCCGAUGGGAAGAAGAUCGACGGCAGACGAGUGCUGGUGGACGUGGAACGAGGACGCACCGUCAAAGGAUGGCGUCCUCGCAGGCUAGGAGGAGGAUUGGGAGGUACGAGGAGAGGCGGAGCUGACGUCAACAUCAAGCAUUCCGGUCGAGACGAUGCGUCGCGUUAUGACGACCGCUCACUGGGAGGCGACCGCGGAGAGCGAAGGGAGCGCAGUCGGGACCGCGACCGUGACAAGGACAGAGAACGGCGGAGAACCCGGUCCCGCGAAAGGCGCCGGCACACCCGCUCCAGGGAGCGAGAGAGGGAGAGGGACAGAGGAGUUGUAGCAGCUGAAGAUGGCGGCGGUAGCAGCCGGCGUCGAGAGAGGGACCGCGAGCGUGGGGCAACAGGAGGAGACAGCAGGAGCAGGGAAAGAAGUAGGGACCGAAAGAGGAGGAGCAGGAGCAGGGACCGCAAGCGAGACAGGGAGAGAGCCAAAGGCCUGGACGGGGAGGAGGUUAGCCAGGGAGACGGCGCCACAGAGGCUGGGGAGCGCGUGCAGGAGCACGAGGGAGGGGGGCCUGAUGGGACAGAGGAGCGCAAAGACAGGGACAGAGAUAGAGACAGGGACAGAAGGCGGAGCCACAGGGACAGAGACAGACGCAGGGAGCGGGACAGAGACAGGGAGCACAAGAGGGAGCGUGGAGACAGGGACAGGGAGCGGAGAGAGGACCGCCACGGCUCCACGCGAGACAACACAAGCCCCCAGGACAACGUGGCCAACGAGGAGGAGGGGCCUCCAGCUAACAUGGAGGAGUACAGCCAGGACGGGAUGAUGGACCAGCAGUCGGCCGAGGACUACGCUUCAGGCGAGAACGGCUUCAAGAUGGAGGGCCAGGGGGACGAGUACUGAGCCGCUCCUCCAUCAGCGUCCUUGGACUGCGCCCAAAGCCUUCAUUCCUCCAGGGCUUCCUGUCCGUCAUCCGCCUCUCCUGUUGCACGAACAGUCGACUCAUUUAAAUUUCAUUCAAACACCUGUCCUGCAUCGCCCCAGCUGUGUGCCACCGAUGUAAUCCCAGUACCUUAAUGAUCUUUAUUUGUCUUUGUGGGGGGGGGGGGGGGGGGUCCCGCUUAUGGUUUGGUAGGAAAUUGUCAGCAGAAGAAGAACGGGACCUGAGUUAGUUUGGGUUAGUUUGCGUUGAAGGCUGAUGCCGCUGUUGGAGGAUGUGUGGGAGCUGCACAUCGGUCUGACGGCUCGGGUCUUUUUUUAAUCAGCUCUUUCUAGAUUUGCAAGGUAAUUUUAAUAAAGAUGUGGCUGAACAGCGAAA